UAGUGAGCGAGCGAGUGAGCGAGCAGGCAAGCAAGCUAGCUAGCUAGCUAGUUAGCUAGCUAGCUGACGCGAGUGAGCGCGUGUGACUUUCUUUUUCGUAGAAAUGUCAGCACUCGCUGCAGCGGCGUUAUAAGCGAGCCGAAACAUGUCCAGGUCGCUGCUCGGUCGCGCGCAGACACCCGGCGACGGUGUUCAAACAGGUGCAACGGUGACCUGCGUGGUGUGCGAACGAACUGACAAGCUGUUGAGGUGCUCACGUUGCAAAGCCGUGUUCUAUUGUACGAAGGAGCAUCAGAGGAGUGAUUGGAAACGUCAUCGGGACUUCUGCGCGACUCAUCCGGCGUCCACAAGCGAGCUCCUCGCCACUGCAGACAGAAAUUUUAAUCGCGAGUACUCGUCCAGGCACCUCUCUGUCGACAAGGUACCGAGCGCGCCAGUUUCUAACCUAAGCAGGAUCCCCAUCUCGGACACGUCAUGGGUUACGAACGUCAUUUCGGAGCCGUAUCGGAACGCGAAACAAUUCGCAGCAUCUAUUACGCAAGGAGAAAACGUAUCGAGUCAAUACGAGCGAAAGGAGAAUCAGAAUCUUAAAAAGAAGCCGAACAACGGUAAGACAAGGAACGUACGCAACAACAAAGCCGACGCUUGGACAUUGCCCAUAACAUACGAAGGAAGUUCAGAGGACACUAUACUGGGUGCCAGGGCAGAACUUUUGAAUCCCGCGUUGGAGAGCUCGAAGAUUUUUGAGAACCUAAACAACACAGACCUUGGAAUGCCAACCCGGCAUCAUAACGGCACAAAGAAGUUCCCAGAGGUGCAGUUGGGCCAGAAAGAAGAACUAUUGCCUCCUUUUUUACAUAGAAAUAGAGACGAUAUCGAAGAGCUGUUAGACGAGAUUUGCCGGAAUAUGAUAAGAGAUAUGAACAAUUAUGGUGUGUGCGUGGUAGACAAUUUUUUAGGCAAAGAAAGGGGUGAAGCAGUGCUAAGAGAAGUUUUAAAUAUGUACAGUGCUGGUUUAUUUAAAGACGGACAGUUGGUUUCUAAUAAAGCUGGUGCAAAUGACUUGAAAACAAUCCGUGGUGAUCAAAUCACGUGGCUGGAUGGAAAGGAGCAACAAUGUCAAAACAUUGGUACACUCAUAUCGCGGGUCGAUGCAAUUAUUAUGAGAGCUAACAAAAUGCGCAAUAAUGGAAAGAUAGGAAACUAUACAAUCAAUGGAAGAACAAAAGCUAUGGUAGCUUGUUAUCCUGGUCAUGGUUCGCAUUACGUAAAACAUGUGGAUAAUCCCAACCGAGAUGGACGUUGUAUCACAGCCAUUUACUACCUUAAUCAGAAUUGGGAUAUUAAGAAGAAUGGUGGACUCUUGAGAAUAUUUCCUGAGGGAUGGCGCGACCAAGUAGCGAACAUCGAGCCUCUGUUCGACAGAAUAUUAUUUUUCUGGUCUGACAGGCGGAAUCCGCAUGAAGUACAACCAGCGUACGAAACGAGAUACGCUAUCACGCUUUGGUAUUUCGAUGCCGAAGAAAGGAAUCAGGCUUGCCGUAGAUAUCAAAGAGAACGUACGUAAGCGAUUGUAUCGAACGUACGCGCGCGCACACAUUUAUGUAUUAUUAAUUAUCUUCCCAGGAGAAUUAAACAAGACGAAUCACAUUUCAUGAAAUGCGAAAUGGGAAGAAGUACCACGCCCUCUGGACUGAUAUCUUUCACUCUGUACAUAAAAUAUGAUGUAUUAUUAUGUAUUAUGAUACAGCUGAGAUCAUUCUUGCGGGAGGAAUUGAAUAGCUUACGAGAUAAAAUACUAUUUACCAGCGAUGAUGUGUGGUUUUUGAAAAAAAAGUGCAAUAGACGUAAGCGAUUUUCCUUUUUUUUUUUUCUACAGAUGGAACUGUAAUAUAUGUGAUGAGUUAAUGUGUGUAGUUGUUGCAAUUUAUACUUAUAUGUAUAAUCGUUUAUUUCGUCUCCUAAGAUCCUGCGUUUGCACUUUAACCCAGUAUUUAAAAUAUCGGUUUUGCAUCCUGCGUUUAAAAAAAAAAAGCUUACAUUUGCGCCGUUUAAUGACUUCUCCAUUACGUAAAGUAUUAAUCAUCCUCGCAUCAUGUAACAUUUAAAAUAUUUUAAACGAAGCCAUAGAAUAUAUAAUGUGCAAAAGGUCUUUUCUUCCGAAACUUACAGACGUUAUACUUUGUAUUGCAAAUAAAUUUAUCUCUCCGUAA